AUGUCUAAAUUUUUACCUAAAGAUGGGUUUCAUUGGUAUACCGGAGAUAUAAGCGUAGCCCAUAUAAACACUAUGCUAAAUAACAUGGAUGAUGAAUCGGACGUUGAUAUGGUUUUGGAAAUUGACGUAUCUUACCCAGAAAAGUUACAUGAUCAACAUAAUGAUCUUCCAUAUCUACCGGAAAAAAUGGUCCCAACUGGGAGUAAACUACCUAAACUCACAGCGAAUUUACAAUAUAAAAUAAAUUAUGUGGUACAUUAUACUAAGCUAAUCCAUUACAGUUGA